AUGUCACGCCCUUUUCCUUACACGUACAUAUCUUGUCCCUGCGCCGACACCGCGGUGCCCGACCCAGCUAGGAAGCGAAGAUCGAGGGAAUCCCCCCAGAAAUCCCCUCAGAAACCCCCGCCUGAGCGGCUGAAUCCCUCGGAGGAAGAUAAGAAGGAACCACCGAAGGAUGAACAACAAGAAGAAGAGGAGGAAGAGGAGCAGACCUUUGACCCUCGCUCUCCGCGGUCCAAUUUCUCAUUGUACCCACCUGAGCAGCUUCUCUACUGUGAAGAAUGCCAUCAGAUCAAGUGUUCUCGAUGUAUUACAGAGGAGAUUGUGAGCUGGUUUUGUCCAAGCUGUUUGUUUGAAACACCUAGCAGUAUGGUCCGGAGUGAUGGCAAUCGAUGCGGUCGAAACUGCUUCAACUGUCCUGUCUGUACGGCUCCAUUAGCUGUCAGUACUAUUGAGAAUGCCACUGGGAAUGGAACCCAGCAGGGUCCGUGGGUGCUAUCCUGUGGAUAUUGUCUUUGGACAACACUGGACAUCGGCAUCAAGUUCGACAAGCCGACAAACAUUCGCAGCCAGCUGCAGAAGAUGACCGACUCCACUGCUCAACCUGCGAUUGACAGGUCGAGGCAAGCUUCUCGUACCUUUGGAGAUCUGAAGUCCCCUCUCUCGACCUUUGCCUCCAUUGACGAGCAAUCGGCCGCACGCGAACGAGAAGAAGAGCAAUCUCCAUCCCAAGAAACAGAAGCACCUCCCAUGGACACAGAUGCCCGAUUUGCAGCCUUGAAAUCCUUCUACCGUAAUCAGAUCGCUGAAACAUCAUCUUCGCCCAGCGACCCUCUCAGCACAGACUUUGGGUUUUCUUCGCCCGGUGCGCUCAAUCGAUUGAUGUCACUCUAUGCCUCGUCUUCACGUCUAAGCGGUCUCUACGGCGGAAGCAAGAAACCCAAAUCCAAACCACCCGUCAUGCGCGAAGCCAUCACAGCAAGCGAGGGGCUUCAGCUCGCCCCAGAAAACAGCGACGAAGAUCUAAUCCAACGCCUCACCUCCCCAAGCUGCGGCUGGGACGGCGUGGCAUCAACCGAGCAGCGCGCCGCCCAAUCCCCAGACGCCCGUUUCACAGACGAUCUCCUCCCACUCCCCGUCCUCCUCCGCACCAAGCGAGCCAAGCGCUGCAAGUCCUGCAAACACAUCCUGGUCAAGCCAGAGACAAAGCCCCAAUCCACUCGCUUCCGCAUCCGCCUCAUCGCUCUCAGCUACAUCCCGCUGCCCACCCUCCGCCCCUUAGCCCUAUCAACAUCCUCCACCCUCCCAACCAUAGCCGCAACCCCAGACCUGAACUCCCUCCCACCCCUCCGGCCCGUGCAUGUCCUCCUCACGCUCAAGAACCACAUGUUCGACCCCGUCCGAAUCACCCUCGCCACGCCGCCCGUCACACCAGGCAAUGUCGCAACCAAAGUCACCGUGCUCUCGCCCCAGUUCGAGAUCGGCGCCAACAGCGACGUCUGGGACGAGGCCCUUCAAGGCGCCUCGGCCCCGCUGAAGGGUGACGCUACUACUGCCGGUAUGCGUGGCGUGCCUGAAGCAGGCAAGGUGUGGGAUAAAGGUCGGAAUUGGACGACCGUUGUGUUGGAGGUUGUGCCUGGCACGUUGCCAGGUAGUAGUGCCGAAGGCGGGGAUGGGGAUGGAGGGGGUGAUGAGGGUGUUUUGGCUGUUGCGGGUCAGAAGGCUGAUGAGGAUGUUCUGGAGAUUCCGGUGUUUGUGAGGAUGGAUUGGGAUGCUGAUGCGCAGCUUGAUCAGGGAAAUGUUGAGAAGGUGUCUAAGCCUGAUGAUAAGGUUACGCGGGAGUUGGCUUAUUGGAUGGUGCUUGGUGUGGGUAGGAUUCAGCCUUCGUUGUAG